AUGGGGGCUAUGGGGAAGCAGAUUGACCCACGUCUGCUCCCCAAAUUUUACAAGUCCACGUUUGAUCUCGUGCUGGGCCUCAUAGAUGAAUCUAGUCAACUUCCUCCACCGCAACAUCAUCAGGAGCAGCAGCCUCAGCAGCAACCACAUCAGCAGCAACCCCAGCAGCAACCACAUCAUCAACAGCAGCUGUUCGCGACAUCUACUUACGGUCCUCCAAAACACGAUCAGCAACCACAUUAUCAACAGCAGCUGUUCGCGACGUCUACUUACGGUCCUCCAAAACACGAUCAACAACAACAGCAACAACCACAGGGACAUACUUUCACUAGUAUGUUGCCUCCUCCAAUGGGAUCGCAAACCCAGCAGCAGUGGUUUCCGAUAACGGUAUCGGCUGGUACAUGGGAUACCAUUGCUCCCACUGAAGGCCAGCAGAUCACGCAACCUCAAAGACCAGCUAGUACACCAAACAUAUCGGGUUGCUCUUUCCCGAACCUUUCUGACUGCUUGCUGCUGAUGACGCCACAAAUGACAACAAUUUUGCCUGCUGCUGCUGGUUCCUCCCAAGGUGGAGAUGGUGGGGGAUCUAAUAACCAUGUAUGA